AUAAAGAAGAUUUGUGAAACAAUAAUUAAAUGUGACAAAGACUAAAUAAGCUAUAUUUAAUCACAUCACAAUCACAUUGAGCAGACAGACGUCCACUGACGUCACGCCAAUCGACGCAAGAUCCUACGUUAUAUUCAUUGUAUCAUUGAAAUUGAACCACCGAGGGACUUCCAGUGGGCAUCUGCUUAUUAUUAUUUGCGAUUUUUCCAGGAUAUUGCUUGAGUUUCGGCGCCAGCCAACUAUAACCUUAGAUUUUUGCAUUCAGAGUCUUCGGUGGCCUUAACCCCAUUACAUGUCAAUGCAAGGCAUUCGUUGAUAUGUGAACAGUUCCCAGGGCGGCGGCACGUUUGUUUCGCUUCGCCAACCAUAGACCCUUGACCAUGGACGCCGAAGAGAACUACCUGUAUUAUUCGAACGAAAAGCUACUUCGCCUGAUUGCCCUGAGCAAGGACAGAGACGAGGCUAUUCGGGAGUACUUGCGGACGGUCAAGUACGCCCCCAUUACCGACUUCAGCAAUGGCCUGGAAUGGUUCAACGUGGCAGAGCCCCUGUCCUUUGCCAACCAUCUAAAAGGCAAGGUCGUGGUGCUUGACUUCUUCACCUAUUGCUGCAUCAACUGCAUGCACAUCAUACCUGAUUUGCGUGAAAUUGAAAGCAGAUUUUCAGUUGAAGACGGUCUUGUUGUUAUAGGUGUGCACAGCGCCAAGUUUGAGAACGAAAAACUGUCUGCCAAUAUUCUGGCAGCGGUGCAGCGGUACAACAUCGGUCACCCGGUGGUAAAUGAUCACAACUCCGAAAUGUGGCAGAACUGCGACGUGCACUGUUGGCCCACGCUGCUCAUGCUGGGGCCCCACGGCAACCCCAUUGUAAUGUUGACUGGUGAGGGACAUAAAGACGACCUGCUCGACUACAUCCGGGUCACACUGGACUUUUACCAGAAAAAGCACCUCAUUUCCAACCACACGUUGCCCCUGAAGUCGGCUUUCCAUCUGUUGCCCGCACUGAAGGGGCCUCUACUAUUCCCGGGGAAAAUCGCCACAUUUCUGGACGAGAAUGACCAUCAGAUCCUGGCGAUAGCCGACACGGGCAAUAACAGGAUUUUGAUUGUUGACAGUAGCGGGUUGAUACUGAACGUGAUCGGGGGCAGGAAGCUCGGCUUUGAGGACGGCAGUUUAGAGGCUGCCCAAUUCAACAAUCCGCAAGGGGUCACAUUUCGGACUAAAAGCAUUUUGUAUGUGGCCGACACCGAGAAUCACGCCAUCAGGAAAAUCGACCUGGAUAAAGGGAGUGUGGUGACGGUGGCAGGCACUGGGCAGCAGGGCCACGACCGAUUGGGGGGCAAGUCUGGCUCGGAACAGGAAAUUUCCAGUCCGUGGGACGUUUGCGUGUAUCGGACGCGAGAUAUGGACCUCACGUUCCAUCCGGACGGCAAGCCGCCUAUCAAGGAGGUGCUUCUUAUAGCCAUGGCCGGGACCCACCAGGUCUGGGCUUUGUUUUUGGACGACACCGUCUGGUGGAAAUGCAAAAAAUACACGAGCGGAACUUGCAUCAACAUCGCGGGGUCCGGACGAGAAGAGAACCGCAACAACAGCUACCCGCAUGCUGCAGCUUUUGCACAGCCCUCAGGGUUGGCUCUGUUUGAAGUUGCGAAGGAAGUUUAUGUCGCAGACAGCGAAAGCUCGAGCAUUCGGCGUCUAUCGUUGGCUGAUGGAAAAGUCACUCCUGUAGUAGGCGGCGAUCGCAAUCCGAAUAAUCUGUUUGCCUUCGGCGAUCGGGACGGUGUCUUGUACGAGGCCAAACUACAGCAUUCAUUGGGGGUGGCUGGCAGCCCGGACGGAAAGACGCUGUUUGUAGCUGAUACCUACAACCACAAGCUGAAACGGGUGGACGUCACGGAAAAUAAAGUGGUUACGCUGAUGGUCAACAACAACCUGGACAGCACCGACUUUGCCGACUGGGCCUUUAAGGAACCAGGCGGACUAUGCGUGAGUGCGGACGGCAAGAAAAUUUACCUGGCCGACACCAACAACCACCAAGUGAAAGUGGUGACUUUGGGCAGGAAUGGGACAAUCAGUAAAGUGCAGAAACUGGAAUUAAGGGCUGCCCAUGUGCCCACUAAUCCAACCACCAGCGACAGCCCAUCCAGGAAACCGCUUCUAUCGCUGCCCAAACCGUUGAUUGUGAGCGAGAAGGGCGGCAAGAUUCUCGCAAACUUUUCCAUCUCCUUUGCCGAUGGUCUGAAGCUGGCGGUGGACGCGCCCCAGAGGUGGACGACUGAGCUUCCAGCGCCCACUUUCGCCUGCGUGCCCACCAAUGGCACUGCCGCCCAAUCGGUGGACGUGGUGGUCAGUGUGCCUGCCCACUUGGACCCGGACCAUGUGCACAGUUUGCAUGUGAGCUUCAGCUUAAUCACCUGCAGUGAAGAUGUUUGCCUACCGCGCGCCUUCACUAUCCGAGUGCCCAUUGUGGUGUCGCAAAGUGGCGCCGAUUGCCUGGAGACGCCGGUGCGCGUGCUGCUGGACAAGAACAACGUCCAGAUUCUCUGAUGUCUUAUUUUUUUCGUUUGUAACAUGGUGCAUUAUAUUGUUUGAUUGGA